CUCACUCUCUGCCUCUGUCUGAGUGAGGCGGUCUCUCCCUCUUCCCUGCUCUCUUUCUCUGUCCCCUUCUCUCUCUCUCUCUGUCUCUCUCUCUCUCUCUCGCUCGCUCGCUCCCUCCCUCUCUCUCUGCUUGGGCUCUGAGGGAUCGGGAUUUUCUCACCAAAAGUACACAGACCUCAGAGCCACGGGCAGUCACUCAACGAAAGGACUUGGCUUGGAUUACUACCAAAACGCGCCGCCGCUCCAUUGAAGUUUUUUAGCUCAACCAGGCUAUAAUAAGUCUCACCGGGGGAAAUGGAGCACACAGUUUGUAGUUUAUUGUAACAAUCAUCCUAUAUUAGUAAGGGUCUCGAUUUUGCUUUUCAUGGUGAACCGGUCUAUCAGGAUGAACUUGCAGUGGAGCAGCCCGGUACCUUGUGUCCGUACCGGGAGAGUCGCUCACAAGCGGCUGGACUCAGACGAUCAGCCGCCGGCCAAAUGUGCCAGGCUUAGCGCCGAGGCGGGGGAUACACAGGGACUCCUCGGCACCUCUCCCGGGUCCCCGGUCAGUCCGCUUUCAAACCCUGUCCCAGCUACACACCAGGGACCAUCCAGGAUAGGACCGUUUCUGCUUCUACCUCUGGCGGACCGGGAGAGCAUGCACAGCGCGAUGAACACCGACACUGGCGAUGAGCUGCUGUGCAAGGUCUUUGACAUGGGGGUGUAUCAGGAAAAGAUCAGAGCCUAUGGGAUCCUUCCAGCACACAAGAAUGUGGCCAGUAUCAGGGACAUCAUCAUUGGUGAACGCAAGGCCUACGUGUUCCUGGACAAAGACUUUGGGGACAUGCACACUUUGGUGAAGAGUUGUCGCAGGCUGGACGAAGAGCAGGCCUGCAGACUCUUCCGUCAGGUGGCACUGGCUGUGGCACACUGCCACCAGACAGGCAUCGUGCUGGGUGACCUCAAACUGCGCAAGUUUGUCUUCGCUGAUGAGAAGAGGACACAAGUAAGACUAGAAAGCCUUGAGGACUGUCGCGUCUUAGAAGACCCAAACGAUGACUCCAUGUCAGACACCCACGGCUGUCCUGCUUACGUCAGCCCAGAGAUCCUCAGCGGCUCGGCACCUUACUCCGGCAAAAUGGCCGACAUGUGGAGCCUGGGGGUCAUGCUGUACACCAUGCUGGUUGGUCGUUACCCCUUCCACGACCCGGACCCGGCCACACUGUUUUCCAAAAUCCGCAGAGGCCAGUGCUGUUUGCCAGAGGGCUUGUCGCCCAAGGCCAAGUGUCUACUCCAGAGCCUGCUGAGGAAAGAACCCUGCGAGAGACUCACAGCAACUGAGCUGCUCGCUCACCCGUGGUUCCACCAGCCACCAUCAUCGCAAGAAGUGGUACUGGGUGAACAGGAAGUGAGCUCGGCGGAACAGAUGGUGCCGUCCUUUGACGUGGAAGAGGAUGAUGAUCUGUUCUGCUGACGGACUCAAUUCAGCUGGCUGAGGGACCAAUACAAAAAGGCAUAUUGCUAUGAGGGAUUCAUUGUUGUUUUUUUACAUUUGGCACUUUUUAGAAACCAUUUGUGUACUGUUGUGUGUACAUACACCCUCAAGCUUUCUACAAAAACUUAGUGUACUGUAUUUUGUUGUCGUAUAUAUGUUACUUGCUAAGGGCAUUUUUUCACAAUGAUUCAUUCAUUGUGUUUCUAUAUGUGCGUUUUUGAACAUUUUUGGUGCUAAAACAAAUAACAAAGAGUCACAAUUUGCCAGAUUAUAUUAACAAAAUAAUCUCUGCGGGCUACUAUGAGUGUAUCACAGGAAGCUAAUCCAUGGCACAACAGUAGUCACCAAUGCUUGCUGUCAGCUUGGACUCACAAGGUGUCAGAAAGCAUGAGAUGAAGGCUGGGCAGAAGACGAAGAGACCAGGAUGUUGUUCCUCUCACUCUCUGACCAGGCUGGAGGCACCACCGGCUGACUCACCGACCGGCUCGAGGAAGGCCUAGCACAAGCUUGAUGUCUCGCAGCAGGCAGUGACAUAGAGUGAGAAAGAUGGUUAGCAGAGGACUGAUGUGUCAUACUCAGCGGGACGCUUUGACAGUGAGGUGUCUCACUGCCAAUCUGGCAAUGUCUCAGCAAGUGGAGAGCAUUUACAAAUCUCAUGCCACGCGCAGAAGGUUGAGAAAGGCAGGGUGUUACUGGAGGAAGGCUUGCAGAAAAGUGGGAAGACUUUGUCACACACAUACUCAACAAUAAGCAAUGAUAAUGGGCUCAUACCAGUCUCUGUACUGUAAAAUCAUGCUGAAAGCUGAAUAUUCAAUAUCAUAUAAAGUUUCCAUCCAAACAGGAAGUGUCUAUUAUCAGGCUCUGACCUGGCAAAUUAGACAGAGAUUCUGCCUGUGUGCACUAACACUAACGCUUGUAGUUUGAAAUAAGAUUCUGGGAGCAACCGUGGGUCUAAUGACUUGAUCACAUGCCUUUGCAGCAGCAGAGAUGGUGUGAUGAUUCUUACACCUAGAGGGAUGCAACAGUAGGAUUUCAAUAGAAAAAGUAAAGAUAAACUCAAGAACUCAAAUGGUACUCAUGCAAUAUGAAUUUUCUCUCAAUUCAACGUUUUUUAUUUUAUUUUAGGAGACUUUCUCAGCUGAGCAGUGAAGCCUGUUUUAUUCAUUUUUGUUGGAACAGUAUGUUAAGCUGUGUUGCUUUAAUAAAGCCGAGCUGUGCUGAAUGUUGUGCCCGUAUCACUGUGUUUCAUAAACUGAAUGGCUCUAAAUCAGUCACAGUCAGGAGCUAUUUGAUGUUGGUGGUCUGAUGAUGACUCAACACUAGAGCGUGUCUGCAGAGAAUGGUCCUGACCUUGGCUGGUAGAAUCUGUUCUGACUGUUUCACCCCUGUAAUGGCACAUUUUUUCCCUUCCUUUUUUUGUUUUUUAGCCGUUGAAAGCUGUGGAUCCAUGGAGAGUAGUCAUCAUAGUUAGUAACAUGAUGUACCAUAUUCUAAAAGUUGUUUUUAUUUUUGAGUGUGAGAGACGGAUGCAGUGUUUCAGUGACGUUGAGCCUUACAGGCUACUGUAGGUAUGCAGCCAGCUGUUUCCUUCUGGCACAGUCAUUUUGACAAUGGUACUAAAUCUGUCAAAUCUGAGAAGCGCUGUGCAUUUAAUUUUGGGUCACGUAGUAGAGUAUUAAAACAUCUAUUGCAGUACUUUAAUUAUUUUCCUUCAUCUGUGUGAGAUGCCAGAUGGGAACAGACUUGUGACAAUCUAAAUUGUUUCUCACAGAAAAGUAAUUUAAGAGAUUUAUGAUUUUGUUCCUGGUUCAUACAUGUAGAGUGAGUCACACAUUUCAUGUGACAUGUAGAGUAAACUGACACGGGUGCACAAACUUCAUAUUGCACUGUGAAUUAUGUAUUUGUGACACAACCUAGAGGCUACGAGGUCCAGAUAGGUUACACGCGAGAUAUAUUCAUUGUAAAAAAGAGAAAGAAAAAAAAAAGAUGUAAAUAUGUAUAUUUGAAAUAUGUGUGGAGAUGUUGAAUAAAGAUCACAUUUUUUCA